UGGAAUUGAGCGCUCAGUUGAUUUGGACGUGUUAACGCACGGCAACUGCAGUUUUUAUUUUUUGUUUGAAUUCCAGUUUCAGAAUUCAGCCGCUCUUGAACGGCGUACAGCGUGUGAGGCAAAGAGCAAAAGAACAACAAACAAAAGUUCUUUCCAUUGUUGUUCUUGUUGUUGAUGUAGAGAAUUUUUGGCUAUGAAAAUGAUUGGCAGCGAUUACGUACUGGAAGCUCACAACAUAUUCCACACCACCGAGGUGGACGGUGGUGGCUGCUUCAAUGGAGCCGGCAAUUCAGCGCUGGUUCUGAAAGGCGUCAAUCUCACUGUGCACAGCGGCGAAGUGAUGGCUAUUUUGGGUUCCAAAGGUAGCGGCAAACGCGCUUUGUUGGAUGUGAUUGCUCGGCGAGCUGAUGGCGCCACACGUGGUCAGGUGCUGCUCAAUGGUUCGCCUUUGAGCAAGGCUCUCUUUCAGCAGCGUUGUGGCUAUGUGUCGCAAUCCUGCACCUUUGUGCCUGGUUUGACUGUGGCUCAAACACUGCACUACACGCCCACCAUUCUGGGUGGUUACUUAAAGAGCUCCAAGGUGCGUCAGGUGCUGGCGGAUUUGGCGCUCUCCCAAGUGGCCCACAAGCGUGUGGAGUACUUAAACAUCAGUGAGGCGCGACGCUUGGCAAUUGGCAUACAACUGGUCAGAGAUCCGGUCAUGUUGCUGCUGGAUGAGCCUACUCAAGGCUUGGAUCCCUUGAGCGCUUAUUUGCUCAUAUCCAUACUUUCAAAUACGGCUAAGAAGACGGGCUGUGGCAUUCUCCUGUCGCUGGAGAAACCGCGCUCGGAUGUCUUUCCAUUUCUAGAUCGAGCUCUGUUUCUUUGCCUGGGUGGUGUUGUUUAUUCAGGUGGCACUCGCGCCAUGUUGGAGUAUUUCCAUGCCAUUGGCUUUCCCUGUCCACAGCUGGAGAACCCUUUGAUGUAUUAUUUAUGUCUAUCCACUGUGGAUCGUCGCAGUCGCGAUCGUUUCCUGGAAUCGAGUCAACAGAUUGAGGCACUCGUAGAACGUUUUUCCAGGGAGACACCAAUUUCGGAUGCUCCACUGAACAAUAUGGGAUCCGGCAAGGUUCCUCUGGCCUAUGGCAAGCCAGGAGAGCUUAAAGUCUGGUUCAUGCUCUAUUUAAAACUCCUGGCUUCCACUUUUUCCUGUGGGGUUGUGGGCAUGAAGACGCUCUUCCUUCGCUUAUUGCUGCUUCCCAUCGCCAUGAGCAUUAUGUGGGCCUUCUACACAAAUGUGGGCGGUGAUCCCAGCGGUUUGUUUACCAGAAAUGGCAUGAUCUUGAACAUUUUGGGACUGUCUUAUGGCUGCGGCAUUUUAAGCACAAUAUCACUAUUUCCCAUUUGGCGUAAGAAGUUCUCACAGGAUACACCGGAGGGUCUCUAUUCAGGCACCACACUCCUCAUUGCCUACAACUCCGUAUCUAUUCCCUUCUCGGCGGUGUCUGCAGCCCUGGCCAGCUGUGUCAUCUAUCCUUUACUCUUGGAUACCAAGUUUAUUAAAGGCACAAUUUUUGCUUACCUCUUCGUGGCGCUUUGGUCGAGUUUUGUGCUAGCGGAGCAGCUGUCCAUCGCCUUCCUCCUGGUGGUUAAGGUGCCCUUCAAUGCCGCCAUUGCCGUGACCUAUGUGCUCGUCAUUAGCAUCGCCUUGGCCAGCGGCACAGUGCGUUCCUACAAGGGUUUGCAGCCCUGGUUGCAGGACAAUACAAGAGGGACACACACACGUUACGCCUCCUCUUUGUUGCACAGCAUUGCGUUCCAAUCACACAAAUUAAACUGCACGGCGACCGCCUCCGUCAUUUGCCCCAAGCCAGAGGACUUUAUGCACGAGCGCCUAGGAUUGUCUGAUCCAGAUGAAACUAUCGAUGUAGCUGCGUCUUGUGCCUUUGCUGUGGGCUUGGCGGCAUUUAAUAUGCUGCUCUAUUUGUUCCCCAUGCCGCGUUGCGUGCGUCAGAAAUUUAAAGACUGAGAAGCGGCUGCACAAAUUCAAUUAACUUUAAUAUUAAGAUUAAUUUAAAUAAUUUUCCACUUAUAAUAAAAAUAUCAAUUAAAUA